AUGGCUCCAAGACCACAAGUGGGGACUGAUUCCUCCCCCUCUCUCGAUGAGAAGAGUUCGACUAAAGACGUGGCCAUCCUGCCGGCUUACUCCACCGUGGACCUCGUGAAAGAGGCUCCAGACCCCGAAGAAGAUCCCUGGGACCUCCCAGAGCUCAAAAACACUGGGCCGAAGUGGUCAGAGCUGGAUACGAAGGGAAAGAUCCUGAGAGUGCUGACUGCUUUCGCGAAGAUCAUCCUGCUGCUCGGGCUUCUCUACAUGUUUAUUUGCUCGCUGGAUGUUCUCAGCUCUGCUUUCCAGCUAGUCGGAGGCAAAGCUGCUGGUGACAUCUUUAAGGACAAUGUUGUGCUGUCCAACCCUGUGGCCGGGCUGGUGAUCGGGGUGUUAGUCACGGUGCUGGUGCAGAGCUCCAGCACCUCCUCCUCUAUUGUGGUCAGCAUGGUGUCCUCCGGAUUGCUGGAGGUCAAGUCCGCAGUGCCGAUCAUCAUGGGCGCCAACAUCGGAACGUCUGUCACCAACACUAUUGUGGCUAUGAUGCAAGCAGGAGACCGAAAUGAGUUCCGCAGAGCGUUUGCAGGCGCCACAGUCCACGACUUCUUUAACUGGCUGUCUGUGCUGAUUCUUCUGCCCCUGGAAGUAGCCACAGGCGUUCUGUACAAACUCACGGCGCUCUUGAUCGACUCCUUCAACAUCCAGACCGGCGAGGACGCCCCCGACCUGCUCAACGUCAUCACGGACCCUCUCACCAACUCCAUCAUCGAGCUGGACAAAUCUGUCAUCACUGGCAUUGCCACCGGCGACCCGGCAGCCAGAAACAUGAGCCUGAUCAAGAGAUGGUGCAAUACAGAGACCAACACGACCUUCUGGAAUGUGACAGUGCAGACCUGCCCUGCUGGUGGCCUCUGCUGGGCGAAUGGAGACCAGUUCCUCUUGCAGAAGAACUCGUCUCAUACCAUUUACCUCGAGAAAUGCAAACACCUCUUCGUCAAUACCAGUUUGCCGGACCUGGCGGUGGGCCUCAUCCUCCUGGCUGCGUCUUUGCUCAUCCUCUGCACCUGCCUCAUCCUCAUCGUCAAGCUGCUCAACUCAAUGCUGCAGGGACAGGUGGCCGUGGUCAUCAAGAAGGUGCUUAACACAGACCUCCCUUUCCCCUUCGCUUGGGUUACCGGCUAUGUUGCAAUUUUGGUGGGAGCAGGGAUGACCUUCAUUGUUCAGAGCAGCUCGGUCUUUACCUCAGCGAUAACUCCCCUAGUUGGUAUCGGUGUCAUUAGCCUCGAGAGAGCCUAUCCUCUGACACUGGGGUCAAAUAUUGGCACAACAACCACUGCUAUACUUGCAGCUAUGGCGAGUCCUGGAGAAACACUUUCCAACUCGCUGCAGAUUGCACUUUGCCAUUUCUUCUUCAACAUCAUGGGCAUCCUCCUGUGGUAUCCAAUCCCCUUCAUGCGGGUGCCCAUCAGGUUGGCCAGAGGGCUGGGGAAUCAUACGGCCAAAUACCGCUGGUUUGCCGCCCUCUACCUCAUCCUGUGCUUCCUGGUUUUCCCUCUCGGCGUGUUCGGCCUGUCGCUGGCCGGCUGGCAGGUGCUGGUCGGCGUCGGCGUGCCCAUCGUCGCGUUGAUCGUCUUUGUGAUCAUUGUCAAUGUGAUGCAGUCUCGCUGUCCCCGCUUCCUGCCCGCCUUCCUCCGCACCUGGGACUUUUUGCCCCGCCCCCUGCACUCCAUGGCACCCUGGGACGCUGUGGUGACCUCCACCUUUGGCUUCUGUGGCAAACACUGCUGCUGCUGCUGCAAAUGCUGCAAGUGCUGCAGACAAGAUGAGGAGGAGAAGAUGGAAAAGGUGCGGAGCAGCAGCACGAAGAGCCUGGAGAUGUACGAUAAUCCUGCCAUGUCAGAUGAUGAGUUUGUUAAAGCAACACAACUUUAA